ACGCAUGCGCCCCUCAUUGGAUCCUCUGCACUGUUUGGAGUAAGUUGGAUGUGCGCUCUCCUCACUCGCAUCCAGAAGCCACCUCAAAAACUGUUGCGAUGGGGAGGAUCAGGAAAAACCACUUUGGGAUUUUGACUUUUUCCUUACUGGUGACUUUCGUCUGGGCUCAAAGUGUCAAGGAUAUCAAUGAUCCGAGCAAUAUGCCUCUGGUAAAAGAGACAGUGGACAGGCUGAUGAAGGGAUACGACAUUCGGUUGAGGCCAGAUUUCGGAGGUGCGCCGGUAGCAGUUGGAAUGAACAUAGACAUUGCCAGCAUAGAUAUGGUUUCUGAAGUCAAUAUGGACUACACCUUGACCAUGUACUUCCAACAAGCAUGGCGGGACAAGCGUCUCUCCUACUCUGAGAUUGCCUACAACCUGACUCUAGAUAACCGAGUGGCUGACCAGCUGUGGGUCCCUGACACCUACUUCCUCAAUGACAAGAAGUCCUUCGUUCACGGCGUCACGGUCAAGAACAGGAUGAUCCGUCUACACCCUGAUGGGACGGUGCUUUAUGGACUCCGGAUCACCACAACUGCAGCCUGCAUGAUGGACCUGCGCCGCUACCCUCUUGAUGAGCAAAACUGCACCUUGGAGAUUGAAAGCUAUGGGUACACCACUGAUGAUAUUGAGUUUUACUGGAGAGGUGGAGAUGGUGCUGUUUCUGGAGUUGACAGGAUAGAGUUACCACAGUUCUCCAUUGUCGACUACAAGCUCAUCUCCAAGAAUGUUGUCUUCUCCACAGGUUCCUACCCCCGCCUGUCUCUCAGCUUCAAACUGAAGAGGAACAUCGGUUACUUCAUCCUGCAGACAUACAUGCCUUCCAUCCUGAUUACCAUCCUCUCCUGGGUCUCCUUCUGGAUCAACUACGAUGCAUCAGCUGCUAGAGUGGCCCUGGGGAUCACCACGGUGCUGACCAUGACCACAAUCAACACCCAUUUGCGAGAGACACUCCCUAAGAUCCCCUACGUGAAGGCUAUUGACAUGUACCUGAUGGGCUGCUUUGUGUUCGUCUUCCUGGCCCUGCUGGAGUAUGCUUUCGUCAACUACAUCUUCUUUGGCCAGGGUCCCCAGCGCCAGAAGAAGGCAGCUGAGAAAGCAGCCACGGCCAAUAACGAAAAGCUGAGACCCGACCCCAACAAGUGGCUGGUGGGAAAUGUAGUUCAGAGAGAUGAUGCUCUGUAUGCCAGAAUGAAACAGAGGGAAAUUGACGCAUAUGACUCGAUGUGGGAUCCCAUCUUUGUGGACGAUGCCGCAUUAGGACUAGGCGAUCAAAGAAAUAAGAUGACCCCCGAUGACAACAUCCUGUUCAGUGCGAUGGAGAUGAAGAAUGAGAUGGGCGGUGCUGGGGAUCUGUCCCGGGGCCUGGGAGCACCUGGAGACCCCCGCAACACCAUGUUGGCCUAUGAUAGCUCAACACUGCAGUACCGUAGGGCAGCCAUGGCCCGCCAGAACUAUGGCCACAGCGCCUUGGAGCGCCACGCCCAGAAGAAGUCUCGCCUACGGAGAAGGGCCUCACAGCUCAAGGUGAACAUCCCAGACCUGUCUGAUGUGAACUCUAUCGAUAAGUGGUCCAGGAUGAUCUUCCCCACUGUCUUCUCCUUCUUCAACGUGGUCUACUGGCUCUACUACGUCCAUUAAACCUGACGGAGUCCAGUGGCCGGCUUGCAUCGGGCGUGUGAAGAAGGAAAUGGGGGUGGGGGGAAGCGGGGGGUGGUAGGGUGGGGAGGGAGAGAGGGAAUUUUAGGGGGGAGAAAUCAAGAAAGAAAGAUGUGUGAGAGAGAAUGUGAGAUGAAAACCUUGCGCUGACUUUUUUAGGUGGUUCGUUUUAGACAAUGGGAGGAGAAUGCAAAGACUUUUAGAUGGACUGCAGCAGCACCCACUUCAGUCAGCAGUGACUCUUUUAGGAUUUGGGAAACACCUUAAAACGACUGACAAGCACUCAAAAAAAAAAAAAAAAAAAGAAAAAAAAAAGAAGAGUGAGUUUUAAACAGACAGUUAUGGUGCCUGUUCCAGAAUUUCAAUAUAUCACUAAUAUUUGUCAUUCGUAGCUUACUCUCUGUGGAUCAAAUAUUUAUGCUUGUGUUUGCAUAUAUUUUAAGGAUUUCUUUUGUUUAGUAUCUAUUUACUUCGUAGCUGAGCUGUCUGCAUCCAGGAAAGCUUUAUAAAUGAUUUUAAAGGAAUCAUCUUGAUAGUCUAUUUUCCUAUAAUUACUGUAUAUCAAAAACAUCCUUUAAAAGCAUGCUUAUUUUUUAUUUCAUUUGCACCUCGGUCCUGAUGAUGAUGAUGAGCAUUUUAGUUUUACUAGUUGAGGUUUUUCUGUCAGUUCAAGCUUGCAGCUUUGGCUUGAGCAUGGAGCACCUGGCUGGAUGGACUGAGCAUCACUGGAAGGCAACAGGCGAACAGCAGGAAGUGCACUCUUUUCUGAACAGCAGUGUGGGAUUUUAAUGAUGCCAUUUCUGAAAAGAAAACAUGUCCCCCUCAUAUCAAUGGUCACAUAUUAUUUGGUGAAAGAGCAGAACUGUGGAUGCUGAUGCUUUUGCUGAGUUUAUGAUUUGCUUUUGCUGUGCUGACAGAAUCAAGUCCAUUUAUCCAUGUGUACUUUUUCUUUGUUUAAAAGGACAUUUAACUCUGUACUUUUUACCAUCAUGUAAGGAGCUUCAGAGCCGGAGAAUGACUUUGAUGAAACAGAGCUGGUGUAAGAACUUUCCUGAUGAACUGAGUUUCAUUGCAACCAGAGUUGCUGCAUAAAUAUGGCAAUCCACAAUCAUCAUUAUCAGUAGAAUUGAAUGAUAGAAGUAUGAUGCGUUACAUUGUGAUUAGGUUUCUGUUUUGAAAAACUGUAGAUAAACAUAAAUCAUGUUCAAAGCAAAACAGAUUAUUCAUUUUUAUAAAUCAAUACUCACACUAUCGUGUAUAUACUAUGGAUUUAUUCUAUUUAAAUGGGUCUUUGUUGUUGUUUUUGCAGUUUAAUUACAGCUCAAAUGCUCCAUUCAAUCAAGAAAAAAAGAAAAGAAGAAAAAAGAAAAGGGCAAUUUAACUUAAAUAAAUAGUAAUAAAAAAAUUAAACACAAUUCUCAACCUUGCUGACUGUACAUUUGGGACUUUUCUCUGUUUUUUUUUUUCUUGUUUUUUUUCCUUUUUUUUUUUUAUGGACUCUGAAAGCAUCUACUUCCUGAAACUAAAGCACUUACAGACACCAGUGACUUUUGGGUCAAUGUUUUUCUCUCCAGGAACAACUUAACAAGGACCCCACUAUCCAGGCAUUGAAGUCAGGCAUAUUUUGUACAAAGUUUCUGUAAAUUCCAAUUGUAAUAUUUCAUAAUGACUGUAAAUAUAUUGUGUAAUGAUUGUCAGCAAUUAUGAAGAUGUAUCUAAAUUAAAUUAAAACUCAAUUCAGUCUA